AUCAGGCACAUGUAGGUAAGCUUUGGUAAAAUCUGUUAGAGGUUUGGUAGGAUUGUUUCUUUGAAAUUCCAAGGAGAAGUGUAUGUUUUAUAUUCUAUGUGUCAUUCAGGAGAAUCGCACAAAUUGGAUCGAGUUGGAUAAACAGCCAAGAUGGUACUGUCAUGUCGAUUUUACAAGAACAGAUUCCCCGAAGUGGAGGAUGUCGUUAUGGUAAAUGUGCGCUCCAUAGCCGAGAUGGGGGCUUAUGUGCACCUGCUAGAGUAUAACAACAUUGAGGGCAUGAUUCUGCUCAGUGAGCUGUCCAGGAGACGUAUCCGUUCCAUCAACAAACUCAUCCGCGUGGGGCGCAGUGAAUGUGUCGUGGUUAUCAGAGUUGACAAAGACAAAGGGUAUAUCGACUUGUCCAAAAGAAGAGUUUCCCCCGAGGAGGUAGUUAAGUGUGAGGAGAAGUUUGCCAAGGCCAAGGCUGUAAACAGCAUACUGCGACACGUGGCGGAGAUCCUUGGCUACACGACAGAUGAACAGUUUGAGGAUCUGUACACAAAAACUGCGUGGGCCUUCGACGACAAGUAUAAGAAACCUGGUACUUCAUACGAAAUCUUCAAACAUGCUGUUACGAACCCAGAGGUGUUGGAUGAGUGUAACAUCGAUGAUGAGACGAAGGAUGUGCUGCUCCAGAACAUCAAACGUCGACUGACACCACAGGCAGUGAAGAUCAGGGCGGAUAUUGAAGUUGCGUGUACAAAUUAUGAAGGCGUUGAUGCCGUGAAACGAGCACUGAAGAAAGGAUUGGAGUUGUCAACAGAGAAUCUGCCAAUCAAAAUCAACCUGAUUGCCCCUCCACUGUAUGUGAUAACGACCCAGACCCUGGAGCGCACCGAGGGGCUGGCCAAGCUGAACCAGGCAGUAGCUAUGAUCAAGGAGAGCAUAGAGGAGGCAGGAGGGGCCUUCAACAUCCAGCAGCAGGCCCGUGUGGUGUCCGACAUUGAUGAGAUCGAGCUGGCCAAACAGCUGGAGCGCCUGGAGGAAGAGAACCGUGAGGUUGAUGGUGAUGCUGAUGAUGAUGACGAGGAGGAGUAUGGGAUGGUGAUGCCCGACGACAAACUCGAGGGCGUUGACAUUGUUAAAGAAGACUAGGAGAAGUGUGGAGGGGAGUGCCUGUAUCAUCAACUUAACUCUUGACAAAUCAGUCUUCUACUCAUUGUCCCAACAACAAUUGUUGACAUCACAAUUGUCUGAUGCAAACAUAUGUUUGUGCUUUCCCAAACACUGAAUCAUUAUUUGUAUCGAUUAGGACUGCCCUGGCGCCGGUUCUGUGACAGAUGUCAUCAACUUUGUGUACUGAGUUUUUCAGACCACCAGGAACCAGGCACAGAUGCCUGAUGUGGAGGAAAUCAUCAUCUGCAUACAGCAACAUGUAUAUUGUAUUCUACAAGAGGUCAUUAAAUUUCAAUGUGUAUAAACUAA